GGCCGCGCCGGGCCGGCGCUCGGCCCGCUCGGGGCCGCCCCGGCGAGGAACGGCGGAGUCGCGAUCGCCGUGGCCGCGAUACCGCGUGGAGUCAGGGGCUCGGGAUGAGAGGCGAGAACAGCUCGUGGACUGUGGCUCCCUCCCCAACAAUCCGGAUGCCAGCCGCCUGCUUGGACCAUCCCCUAGAUGCUCGGGAAGGGGUGGGAUGCGGACAGCACGCCCCAUGGCCCAGCUCCAUCAGCACGCUCCACCCCCUCAAGUGGUGCUACAAGUAGGACAGAGAGAUCAGAGCAGAGACACAGGAAACACAAACCCAGACUGGUCUGGAAAGAAAAUCAUCAAGACUACAGAAGAGAAAAAGCAAAAAGAUAUUUUGAAAUUUGGAACUGAUGUGGAAAGCACUCAAAAUGGAAGGCAAACUCCCAUGUGUCCUUCUGCUGAUGGGAGCAAUCAUGACUGCCCAGUGCCAGGGCUUACACAUGCGUUUCAAACGAGGAGCCAGAUCUAGAGCUGUUUGCACAGAUAAUUCAUCCACAGAAAUUUAUCAACACAGGGGGACCUGGCUGAGGCUUUCAGGGAGCAGAAUAGAAUAUUGUAGGUGCAACAGUGGUUGGAGUCGUUGUCGCACUGUGCCUGUCAGAGUCUGCACUAGAAAUAAAUGCUACAAUGGGGGCCAAUGUUCACAGGCAUAUUAUUCCCCACAGCUCUUCAUCUGCCAGUGCCACCAAGGUUUCUCAGGGAAGCAGUGUGAAAUAGAUACUGAAGUUAAAUGCUACAAAGACACUGGAGUAACAUAUAGGGGUACCUGGAGCAUGACAGAGAGUGGAACUGAAUGUUUAAAUUGGAAUAGCGAUGGCUUGGUGAACUGGAUGUACAGUGGCCAAAGAGAGGAUGCUGCUGAGUUGGGAUUGGGCAAUCACAACUAUUGCAGAAACCCAGAUGAGGAUUCCAGACCUUGGUGCUAUAUCUACAAAGGGGGAAGGUACACCUGGGAACACUGCAGUGUGCCCUCCUGUUCAAAAGUUAGGAACAUCAACUGCAGAUCUGGAAGAGGUACAGAUUACCGCGGCAGCCACAGUGUUACCAGUUCUGGAGCUACCUGUUUGAAGUGGAAUUCUCGAAUCCUUGUCAACAAGCUGUAUACUGCUUGGAGAAGAGAUGCUUAUCAGCUGGGCCUUGGUAGUCACAAUUUCUGCAGGAAUCCUGAUAAUGACAGUAAGCCCUGGUGCCAUGUCCUGAAAGGAAAUCAGCUCACAUGGGAGUACUGCAAUGUGCCUACUUGCUCCACCUGUGGCUUACGGCAGCGCGGAGUACGCCAGUACAGGAUUAAAGGUGGUUCCUACGCAGACAUUGCGGCUCACCCGUGGCAAGCUGCCAUCUUUGUGAAGUAUCACCGAGUGCCUGGAGAGCACUUCCUCUGUGGAGGAAUUCUGAUCAGCUCCUGCUGGGUUUUGUCAGCUGCUCAUUGUUUUGAGGAAGGCUUUAGUACAAAUCAGCUGCAAAUUGUGCUGGGUAGGACUUCCCGAGCAACUCCCGAGGAAAACGAACAGAAGUUUCAAGUGAAGAACUACACUGUGCAUCAGAGAUUUGACUCAGAAAAUUUCAACAAUGAUAUUGCUCUAUUGCAGUUGAACUCAGAUGCAGAAGACUGUGCUGUUGAAACAGGCACUGUCCGCACAGCCUGCCUCCCCAUGCCAGAGCUGCAGCUGCCUGACUGGACUGAAUGUGAGAUCUCUGGUUAUGGCAGAAAUGAAGAAUUUUCUCCAUUCUAUUCAGAGAACCUGAAGGAAGGCCAUGUCAGAUUGUUCCCAGCCAGUCGGUGCACAGCACAGUAUCUAGACAACCGGACAGUUACAGACAAUAUGCUAUGUGCAGGAGACACAAGGAACCUUGAUGAUGCCUGCAAGGGCGACUCUGGAGGGCCUCUGGUCUGUAUGAAGGAUGAUCGUAUGUAUCUGAUUGGAAUCAUCAGCUGGGGAAUAGGCUGUGGCCGCAAAGACAUACCUGGUGUUUAUACAAAUGUGACUCGUUAUCUUGACUGGAUUCAGGACACCAUGAAACUCUGAGAAAGAAAAAUGAACCCUUUCCAAUCUGGUGACCAUGCCCUCACAGCUUCCUUCUGGGUGCUUUAAGUGUGCUGACAGGGCUUCCUGUUUGUCCAGAUGCUUAUGACUUCUAGUACAACAGGAGGACAAACUGCAGUGUGUGGGAAGGGCAUGUUCUCAUAAGACUCUCCCUAUUACAGGUUAUUAGAAGUUAAUCAUCCUUUUCCCCAGCAUCACCAAACUUUCAUCUUGCAUCAAACCACAUAAAUAUGAUAAAAAAAUAUUUCUGGCCAUGAGUGAAUAAACCAAGAGAGAUCAUGCAUCUCUUUAGCAGCUAAAUUGUUUUAGGAAUGGGUGUGAACUGAAGGGGACGUUUAAUUUCCUGAAAGCUUCAUCUCCCUCCUUACUUGGCUGUACAACUGGAAGACAUUAAGCUCUGUCCUUAUACCAUCUGACUUUGCUAAUUUAAGCUGGUUUCAAUAGCAGCUGGUUCCCAAUAGAAAAAACAAAAGCUGUAGGCAUGGGCUGCUUAUUUCCAGAUUAAUAUACUACUUAUGUCUUCAGUUUGGAACCAAUUAAUUAACUGAGUUUGAGCUUAAACUCUCUGAGCAAAUUCAGGAUGGCUUGGUUAUUAGGACAUUUUAUUCUUUCACUUGGUGUUGUUCCUGGUAAUGGAAUAGGUAAAAAUUUUAACACUGGCUUGAUCUGCCACAGAAUCGAUGCAUAUUUUUGACUAUUAAAUUUCUAUGCAUUAUCAUCUGCUUUGAAGAAAAAGCUUUCUCUUCUGUGCAGCAGUGCAAAACAAAGGACAAGUAUAUUGGUAGCUGUUUUAAGUGUCUGCUAGAUUUCCAUCCACAAGUAAAGGCCAAAUCAGGUAUCACAAAGCUGUGUUUGUUCUUUAACAGAACACAGGACAGUUACAACCAAGUCACCAUGAACCAGAAUCUUAGUAAUCAGCAUUAUUUCCUUGCACUGCAGCUGCUACAUGACACUAAAUGCCAUCUAUGCACAUCCUAAGAGUGAAACCUCUGAGAGCUUCUCUUUUGUCCCAUUGUUUUGUAAACAGGUGUAACUACCAUUUUACAAAAGGAAAACAUUGUAUCAAGGUUACAAAAGUAAUUUGGUUUUAUCAUCAAUCAGUAGCUAGAAAACUACCCUGUUGUAUUUGGGAAAGUCAAAACAUUGUAACUCAAAAUAUUUACUCUCAGUUUUUAAGAGCUCUCUGAUAACCUAGUGUAACAGCUAUUCAGAUAAAGAAUCUAAGCAGGUAUAUAAGAGCAAUUUGGUAAGAUGGCCAUUACAGCUGCUCAUAAAAUGUAACUGAACCACACCUGACACAGAUCUCUUUUAGAAAAAUAGAACCUACAAAAAUGUAAGCUGCAGAUAUCAGUUUUACCUCACAGCUAUUACCAAUUCUUAGAAAAUACCAUUAAAUGAAAUAUCCAAGUUGACAAAAAAUGCUAGAUAAGCCCUAGCUGCCAUCUCUGUACUUGCUCCUUCCUUUCAUCCCAGUCUGUCUUCCGAGACAUCUUCUCUGUAGCUGACUAAAAGAAUGGCCCAGAAUCAACCCCAAA